UGUUGCACCGCUCAUUUUAUUAAUCAGACUGUCAAUUUCACCCAAGAGGCCAAACCCCAGAGCAAUCUAAAACAGACUCAGAGAUCAACCCAGGGACAAGCACCUCGCUCCUCACUCCUCUCUUCCUCUCCACUUGGAUAUUAUUCGUCUGACCGAAGGCCGCCUCCAUCAUCAAGUGACAGCCCUCUCCUAUUUAUUUGCUUAUAAACCUGUUACAAUAAAUGAUCAUUGGAGCAACGUCAGCCGAGCAUUUUAACAACGAACAGCAACCACUUUUGAUGAAUGACAUUUUGCUGCUGUGGGGAGGAUGCACGGCUCAUUUUGAGCAGUCGCUCGUCGAUUGCAUUCAGAUUCUUUCAUUUUUUGCGUCUUGCUUAUAAAAAGGUUUAGAGACCGUUAUUUAGAGACAGUUGCUGACUUUCAUGCGGAUUUAAGCUCCGACACAACUCAUUGGUGCUCCAGCCCCCCCUGGACAAGUGUUGUGUGGCGUUUUGACUUUUUUUUUUUUUUUUUCGUCUUGCACGGCUUAAUGAUGGAGAGGAUAAGAAAAGAGAUGAUAUUGAUGGAGAGAGGUCUGCACAGUCCCGUCGCAGGGAAGAGGCUCGCAGACACGCCUGGAAAUUCAGUGCUGGAGGCCCUGGAAAACUCUCAGCACAGCGGACGGCUAAGCCCGAGAAUAACUUCGGCUUCUCUCCAUGGAAAUCUUGGGGACAUCCCGACGAAAGGCAAAUUUGAAAUUGACAGUAUUUUCGGUACACACCACAACAGUGAAAAUACCUCUUCGGCGGAAAUUUCCUCGUCAGAAAGCAGGAAGAAAAUGAGCCUCUACUCCGAAGUUUCGCCAGAUUCAGAUAUUAACAGUGAUGUGGAGGUGGGAUGCCCUGCGCAUCGCUCCCCGAGCCAGCACAAGGAAAACAACAAAGGUUUUUCAGACAGCAAUUCUGGAUCUUCCAACUCCCUCCAGAAUAUGAACGGUAAUUCAUCGGGAGGCUCAAACAAUUCAAAUAGCGACCAAGUGAGAAGAUAUCGGACUGCUUUCACCAGAGAACAAAUCGGGAGACUGGAAAAAGAGUUUUACAGGGAAAAUUACGUUUCGAGACCGAGAAGAUGUGAAUUAGCCGCAGCGUUGAAUCUGCCCGAGACUACGAUUAAGGUGUGGUUCCAGAACAGGAGAAUGAAGGAUAAAAGGCAGCGUUUGGCGAUGUCCUGGCCCCAUCCAGCAGACCCCAGCUUCUACACUUACAUGAUGACGCACGCUGCAGCUACAGGAAGUCUACCUUACCCUUUCCACUCGCACAUGCCUCUACAUUACUACCCGCACGUCGGAGUCACGGCAGCAGCAGCCGCCGCUGCCGCUUCCGGCGCCGCGUCGUCACCUUUCGCCACCUCCAUCCGUCCCCUCGAUACCUUCCGAGCACUCUCCCACCCCUACUCGCGGCCAGAGCUCCUGUGCAGCUUCAGGCACCCGGGACUCUACCAGUCACCCGCAGGCCUGAAUAGUUCAGCAGCGGCAUCAGCGGCGGCGGCGGCAGCGGCAGCGGCGGCGGCGGUCAGCGCCCCGUCAGCCACCGGGCCUUGUUCGUGUCUGAGCUGCCACAGCAGCCAGGCGGCGAGCGCGCUGGGCUCCAGGAGCGCCAGCGGGGACUUUACCUGCACAGCUUCGGGGCAAAGAUCCGAGAGUGGAUUUCUGCCGUAUUCUGCUGCUGUUCUCAGCAAGACAUCCGUCCCGUCACCAGACCAACGAGAAGAAACUUCACUUAACAGAUAACUCAUCAUGCAGCCUACACGACCGUUUCCUAUUUUGCUCUAGUCCCACUUUAGGGGAUAGGCCUAGGCCCACUUUAAAAACCACACCUGGGUAAAUAAUUCGUUUAUUCGGCAGCAUUGUAAACACACACACACACACACAC